CUAUGCUGACCAACGCGAAUUUAAAUGUGCGCAGGCAUGUAAUUCACAGUUGGACGGGGUUAGAAUGGCUCUGAAAAGCGCGCUAUGAAUGGCGAGACAGGAUCAGCUGAAGGCUGCGGUCACUGCAGGACGAUAAACAAGUGUAAAGGAUUAGCAAUCCUCUAUGGAGCAGGUGAUCGAGCGUGUGUUUGCCUCUGGGGUGGCAGCUCGUCUGCGGAGCCAGUGGGACCGCAGCGAGGGCCUGGGUCAAAACGACAAAGCCCUCCGGUUCCUCGGCCAGGACUUUGAGUCUCUCCGAGCCCAGUGUCUGAAGUCUGGCUGUCUGUUUGAAGACGAGGCAUUUCCUCCUCAACUGUCCUCGUUAGGCUUUAAGGAGCUGGGACCACGAUCCUCAAAAACACAAGGGGUCCGCUGGAUGAGACCUACGGAGUUUUGUUCUGAUCCUCACUUCAUUGUAGACGGAGCCACUCGCACAGAUGUUUGUCAGGGAUCUCUAGGUGACUGUUGGCUACUGGCUGCCAUAGCCAGUCUAACCUUAAAUGAGACCCUGCUGCACAGGGUGGUUCCCCAUGGUCAGAGCUUCCACCAGCAGUAUGCAGGGAUCUUUCACUUCCAGAUCUGGCAGUAUGGGGAGUGGGUUGACGUGGUGAUUGAUGACAGGCUGCCGGUGAGGGAUGGAAAGCUGCUGUUCCUACAUUCAGCAGAAGGGGCAGAGUUCUGGAGUGCCCUGCUGGAGAAGGCCUAUGCCAAGCUUAAUGGCUGCUACGAGGCCCUGUCAGGGGGCAGCACGUCGGAGGGCUUUGAGGACUUCACCGGAGGUGUGACAGAGAUGUUUGAGCUGAAGAAACCUCCACCAGAGCUGUACAGCAUCAUCUGGCGAGCGGUGGAGAGAGGCUCCUUGCUGGGCUGCUCCAUAGACAUAUCUGGCUUCUUUGAAAUGGAGGCCAUGACCUUCAAGAAGCUGGUCAAAGGCCAUGCUUAUUCUGUGACCGGGGUGGACGAGGUAGAGUAUCGGGGCAGUCCUGUCAAGCUGCUACGCAUCCGAAACCCCUGGGGGGAGGUGGAGUGGACCGGACCCUGGAGUGACAACUCGAAGGAGUGGUCAGGAGUGGAGCCCUCGGUCAGAAAGAGACUCUAUAACCGCAGUGAGGAUGGAGAGUUCUGGAUGUCAUUCAGUGACUUCCUGCGCGAGUUCAGUCGUCUGGAGAUCUGCAACCUGACGGCGGACGCGCUCCAGGCCAGCCAGGUGAAGAAGUGGAGCGCAGCCCUCUACCCUGGGGAGUGGAGGAGAGGGAGCACGGCAGGGGGCUGCAGAAACUACCCAGCUACAUUUUGGCUCAACCCCCAGUACAAAGUGGCUCUACAGGAACCGGAUACAGAAGGCCAAUCAGGUUGCAGCUUCCUGGUUGCAUUGAUGCAGAGGGAUCGUCGUAGGCAAAGGCGGGAAGGAAAGGACAUGGAGACCAUUGGAUUUGCUGUGUAUGAGGUUCCACAGGAGUGUGCAGGUAGGGUUGGGGUGCACCUGAAGCGAGACUUCUUCCUGACUCAUGAAUCCAGGGCUCGCUCGGAGCUGUUCAUCAACCUGCGCGAGGUCAGCUCUCGCUUCUGUCUGCCCGCCGGAGAGUACAUCAUCGUUCCCUCCACCUUCGAGCCCCAGAAAGAUGGAGACUUUGUGCUGCGGGUCUUCUCAGAGAGACCGGCAGACUCCCAGGAAUUAGAUGACGACAUAGAAGCUGAUCUGCCAGAAGAGGUAGAACUGGACGAGAGCCAGAUUGACGCCGGUUUCAAGGAUCUCUUCAGGAAGCUGGCUGGACCAGAGAUGGAAAUCACUGUGUCCAAGCUCGGGACGAUCCUCAAUCGGAUUAUCAGCAAGCAUAAAGACCUAAAGACGGACGGCUUUGCAAAGGAGGCGUGUCGCUGCAUGAUUUCUCUAAUGGAUACCACAGGCAGUGGAACGCUGGGAUUGACAGAGUUUCAUGUCCUGUGGGAGAAAAUCAAACGCUACCUGAUCGUGUUUAGGAAGUUUGACCUGGACAAAUCAGGCACUAUGAGCUCCUAUGAAAUGCGAAUGGCGCUGGAAGCUGCUGGCUUCAAGCUUACCAACCACCUGUUCCAGCUGAUUAUCCUGCGCUACGCCAAGGAUGACAUGAGCGUAGACUUUGACAACUUUGUCACCUGUCUGAUUCGUUUGGAGACCAUGUUCAAAACAUUUAAAGAAAUGGACACUGAUGCAGAUGGGGUGGUGUCCUUCAGUUUCGUCCAGUGGAUCUCCCUCACCAUGUUUGCCUAGAAGGAUGGAAUAUCCCUGAAACAAUCCUCCGUGCUCUGCCGGCUCCUCUGUUCCUGUGACUCAUGUCUCCUCUUCACCACACCAAGAGGUUGUACUAUAUAUCACUGCGAUGGGUUCAGUAGCUGGGACUUUGGUACAUGUAAUGAAUUGUUGCAUGACACAGUGGAAAAUAAAAGUGCCUACACUACGUUGGCUGAUUUUGUGGAUACAAAAAAUACUAGUAGAAUGGAUCAAUGAAAAUAUUUAAUUGGUUUUA